AUGUCUGCGCAAGACGUUCACCCAAAUACAUACAGUGAAUUACAUAGUAUCCACAAAUACUACAUUGAUUCAUAUAAUGCGUUAUAUCAGCUAAAAGUCGAAAAAGAAGAAGCAAUAAACUUUAUUUACAAAAUGAUCAAAUCAAAAUUGAUUGAUUCAAAGAAACGUCACCCCAAAGAUAUAAUGGUAGAUAUUUUAAAUAUCAUUCCGUAUAAUAAUCGCUAUACAAAGUCAUAUUUAUCUCUUGCCAAACUAAUUUAUGAUGAAUAUCAUGUGGAAGAAGUCAACAAAGUCGACAAUAUUUUAAUAUUCCUGUUUUAUAAAGAAUAUGGAAUUAAAUUAGACAAGUCUGCUGAUUUCGAAAAAAUUAAAUUAGAAGAUCUCAACAUUCAUACAGAUGAUACGAUUUACAGAGCAAUUAUGUAUAAUGACAAAGAAAAAUUUAUCAUAUUCACAGAAAGAAAAGAAUUUGAUAAAGAUCAAAGACUUGAAAACAAUUUAUAUCCAUCUUCUUAUAAUGGAUAUUCAUUACUUGAAUUAUGUUGUUACCACGGAGCAGUUGAUUGUUUCAAGUUAUUAAGAACUAAAUUUCAUUCAGAAAUAACUCAAAAAUGUCUUCUAUUUUCAUUUUUAGGAGGAAAACCAGAGAUCAUGAGUGAAUGUUUAAAAUAUCAAACACCAGAUGAAGAUUGCAUGGAAUAUGCAAUUAUUUCACACAACAUUGAUUUCGUUACAUUCUUGAUGAAUGAACACUAUUUAGAGAUAAAUUUAGAUUAUUGCGGAAUAUAUAAUAAUCUUGAAUCAUUCUUAGUUUAUUUCGAUCAAACAAAUGAUAUUAACAAAUGCUUUUUUUAUUCUACGAUGUUUGAUAUUUCAUCCUUUUACUAA